AUGGAAAGAGAUCAUGCUAAUCGUUCUAGGCCUCUUGCCUUUAAUCUCUCUAAAUUUGAUGAUUGGAAAGUCCGGAUGCAGAUUCAUAUCUCGGCUAUUCAUGAUGAAAUGUGGGACGUUAUAAAAGAAGGUCCUAUCAUUGUCAUGAUGGUGAAUACACAAGCGGCUGCUCAAGGAGCAGACCUAGAAGUCAUGAUUCCAAAACCGAAGUCUCAGCUUACUUCAAACGAAAAGGCAAGAGCAAAUCUCGACAACGUUGCACGAGAUAUCCUCUACAAGUCUCUAGAUGACUCGUUAUUUCCGAGAGUGCGGAAAUGCACUACGGCAAAAGAAAUCUGGGAUACUCUUAUGAGUUUAGGAGAAGGAGACGAGCAAGAAAAGGACAACAAGCUCAGUGUUGCCAUGAAGAAAUUUGAAGACUUCAAAAUGAUGCCAAAUGAAACCAUCACCGAUAUGGAGCUUAGGUUCACGAAACUUAUGGGUGACCUUUAA